AAAGCUUUGAACGUGAAGUGUUGGGUAAUCUCCCUAAAAGUGGUCAGUUAAAAAAAGUAUAAUCAGAUUCAUCGGUUACCUACAGUUAACUGACAAUUCAUUAAUUAAAAUUUAAUUUUUCAUAAUUAUCUCUCUGAUUACAUUUUAAGCCCUUCAGGCAAAAAGCAAACGAAACGUAAAACUAAUUUUUCAAUUAACAAAUGAAUGGUGAAUUAUAAUACAUUUGUAAACUCUGUUAAUGAAUGCAUAUUCAGUCUGACAUAGAAUAGUUAAAAGUCGAAUUAAAAAUGAAAGUUAUGAUGGCAGAAUCGUUUAGUUCUGUUCAUAUGUUAAUAUUUUAUAUCGUAACGAACAGUUUAUGCAAAAUUGAUCAGGUUCAUGCUUCAGUCGCGACGGGGAGUGCAGGUGUUAGUAGUAAUGGAAUAAAAAGUGAUAAACCCUUUUUCGAUGAGAUAUAUCCGAGGAACAUUUCGACCGUAGUCGACGAUGUAGCAAUAUUAAAAUGUGUGGUCAAGAACAAAGGAGACCGAACUGUUUCGUGGAUGCGAAAACGUGAUUUGCAUAUUCUAACUUCGAAUAACUUUCUGUAUACGGGAGAUCAACGUUUCUCAGUUAUCCAUCCUCAGGAUUCUGACGAGUGGAAUUUGAAAAUAGAAUACGCUCAACCAAAAGAUGCUGGGACUUAUGAAUGUCAGGUCAAUACUGAGCCCAAAAUCAACUUUGCCGUAAAUUUAGAUGUCGGAACAGCAGCCCGAGCAAAAAUAAUUGGCUCGCAAGAAGUUCACAUUAAAAAAGGCAGCACAAUAUCUCUAACAUGUAUGGUCAAUAUUUAUGGUUCAGCAAUUUCUUGGUAUCACGGCAAUACCAUCGUAAACUUUGAUUCUGAUCGAGGUGGCAUAAGUUUGGAACAGGAAAAAACCGAGACGGGAACGACAAGUCGUUUGCUGUUAACGAGAGCAAAUUUCCGUGAUAGUGGCAACUACAGCUGUGUGCCACUGGGCGCUCUCUCUGCCAGUAUAAUAGUUCAUGUUCUUAACGGCGAGAUCCCACAAGCGAUGCAAACAAGUGAUGCCGUUUACCCACCACGUCCUUUAUACAUAGCCCUUCUAGCUUUAAGCACAUUCUUCUACAACAUAUCAUAA